UUGUGGGUGUGCCUGUCUGCUUGUUUGUGUGGAUCUAAACCCUUUAGAGUUGAUGAUUCGAGUGCAACCAAUAAGGAAUUAAUAGCGUUCGAGAAGUGGGUAAAGUUUGUCAAAGUUUGCCCAUUCAACUGACCCCACUGAGGGUGAAUUGAGAAACUGAUUGCCAUUACUAUUUCCCAAGACAUUGUCUAAUGUCAGGUCUUCAUCAAUUUUCUGGAGACAUCCUAAGCUAAAACCUCAUUAGUAGGUAUUCCGGCAAUCAGCAUAUUUACUUUAAAUAAAACAUACAAUAAACUGACAAACCUAUGUGUACGAGCACACACAUAGGCAAAGCUUGUUAGACUUCAUCCGAAAUUGUAGUACAUUUGCAUCAUUUAAUCUUUGCUACAAAAUGUUUGAUUCCUUGCAGGAUAGACUGGUAGGAGAUGGGCAAUUUAGAUAGAUGUGUUUUUGCCUAGUAGGGGAUGUGGGCACAUGUAAAUUCUGCAUUGAUUGCAUAUUGGAGGGCAGAGGUGACCCAAUUAACAACCUUUCUGACCGGCAUUUACUUCUAGCCAACUACUGCCGCUGUCAUUUUGUACUCGACCUGGCUUCGUGCCAAGAAUGCCCCAAGUGCUGAAAGCAUAACUUAAUAUAGAGAGGGAGAGAGAGAGGGAGAGAGAGAGAGAGAGAAAGAGAGUGAACAUUUUAUAUAUAGUAUCUUUUUGUUCAUGCAUUCUUUCGUUAUUAGCUUGUUCUACUUUGAUCUCGAUCAUUCUCGCUCGCAGAUUCUUGAUCAAGAUCAUGUCUAAGAAAACUGUGGUGUCAGUGGAACUGCUGUGUUCAAAGUGCAGGAAAAAGGUGAUGAAGUUAAUUGCAACAGUAGAAGGAAUAACUUCCAUUGUCCUCGACCCGUCGAAAAAUACAGUGACGGUAACUGGGGAUGCCGAUCCAGUAAAGAUUAUCGGGAAAGUGAGGAAAUUCAGAAAAAAUGCUACGGUUGUGAGUAUCGGUCCACCGCAGACUGAGAAGAAGGAUGAGAAGAAAGACGUUGUUCCAUACACUCCAAAGGCAUGUCAAAGAUGCGAUGUUUGGUAUGUGAUUGCCGAAGAUGGCUACAGCUACUGUUCCAUAAUGUAAUUGCUAUUGUACCAUUAAAUAUUGCUCAUAAUAAUUUGUAUUAAUUUCAUGUUAAACUCACUAAUUGUCCAUUGGCUAUCAAAUGUUAACUUUGCAGUCAUUUUUU